AUGGAAGUCAGGAAAAGAGCGGGAACAUCGUUUACAGACGGAUUACGAAAGUUGAUCAUAGUAAUUACGUUAGUCUUGGAACUCUUUAUUUCUAAAGGUUCAAGCUUACAACGGUUUAUAGUUGAACCAGAAAAUACCAACGCCAUUCAGGGUAGUACUAUCAUACUUAAAUGUACUGUAUCUGAUCGCAGAGGGGAUGUCCAAUGGACGAAGGAUAAAUUUGCACUUGGAAUUGACCGAAACUUGCAAUGGUAUCCUCGUUAUUCCAUGAUAGGUAGAGAUACGCAGAUUGGUUCUGGUCGUAAACUAGGGGAAUAUAACCUACAGAUAGUAGAUGUAGAGUUAUCAGAUGAUGCUAUUUAUCAAUGUCAAGUUGGUGCAACAGAGAAUGUCAGUGGUAUUCGCAGUAAGACAGCAAAAUUAAAUAUAUUAUUACCACCAGAUGCACCAAUGAUAGAUGGUGGACCAAUGUUAGAAUUAGUAAAAGGACGACCAACUAAUGUAUCAUGCCGUGCAUUAAAUGGUAAACCUGCGUCUGAUGUUAGUUGGUAUAUUAACGAUGAACGUGUCCGAGAAACUUACACCAGAAAAAUUACAAAAGAAGAUGGUAAAAGAGUGGACACCAUUGGUAUUGUUACUCUCAAUGUCACCAAAUCAGAUGCUGGCAAAAAAAUUAAAUGUUAUGUUCAAAAUGAGGCUAUGACAGACCCCUAUUUUGUGUCUGCUACCAUAGAUGUUCAAUUUGUUCCAGAAGUCCAAAUGAGUUUAAAUUCAUCAGAGCAUGUACGAGAACAUGAUUUUCUUAGAUUUAGUUGUAGUGGUUUAGCUAAUCCACCAACUAUAACAUGGAAGUGGUAUAAAAAUGGUGAACAAUUAUUAGAUGAAAAUAGAAAUAUUUUAGACAUUCCAAGAGUGACAAGAGAUGACCAUGGUGAUGUCAUUUCCUGUGAAGGUAUUAAUGAUGUAGGAUCAACCCGGAGAAACUACCGACUUGAUGUUCAUUAUGGUCCAAGAUUUAAAGGAGUGCCACAACAUGCUAAUGUAGAUCUUGGUGAUAGUGUAUCACUACGCUGUGAAGCAGAUGGCAACCCUACGCCUAGUAUAAUCUGGACUAAAAAAGGAUCUAAUCAUGUGUUAGGUUCAACUCCUAUGUUUAAGAUUAACUCUGUAACUAAGAAUGAUAUCAGUGUAUAUAUUUGUAUGGCAACUGUCAGUGGUUUUAGUGAAGUCAGUAGAGAAAUAUAUCUUUUACAAAAUGGUCCACCAAGAAUAAUGAGCGAAGGUGAACAGUAUGCUAGUAAAGGUGAUACAGCACUAGUAGAAUGUCUAACUUAUUCAGCACCAUUACCUCAAAAUAUCUUAUGGAUCAAGAAUGGUAAACCAAUAAAUUAUGCAUCAUCAGGAAGAUUUUCAGCUUCUGAGGAAGAUUUGCCAUUUGGAAGAAAAAGUACUUUACAGAUAUUAAAUCUACAUGAAGAAGAUUUUGGUGAUUUUAAUUGUAGUGUGUCAAAUAGUUAUGGUCAAGAUAUAGCAACCAUAAAGCUAAUAGAAAAAGUUGUACCAUCUUUAUAUAAGGGUGGUGAUAAAGAUGUUGUACCACCAUUACCCUAUAUAAUAGUAGUACCACCAUUACCCUAUGUAAUAGGUGGUCUUAAAGAUAGUAUAAUGUUAUGUUAUAUUUCAGUUGUACCACCAUUACCCUAUAUAAUAGUUGUACCACCAUUACCCUAUAUAAUAGGUGGUGUUGUAGGUGGUAUAGCAGUAUUAUUUAUAAUAGUAUUAGUAUGUGUGUUAUAUCAUCGGUAUAAAUCAACAGAUUCUAAUAGUGUUUUAGGUUCAUAUACAGAUACUGAUAGUAGUACAGAAAAUAAAAAACGUGAAAAAUCUGAUUCACCAUCUACGCUAAUGGAUCAAUGGCGUCAAGAUUAUAAUAAAGAUUUUUAUCGUUAUUCUGCAGAUUACGAGGAUGUUAAUUAUGGAAAGGAAACCAAGCCUCCUAAUAAUAAUUCCUAUGGCUUUAUAGAACCAUAUCAAUUAAAUAUAUAUAAUCAGAGACAGCCUGGUGAAGAUGAAUAUUUAAGUGGUAAUGAAGUUUUAGAAACACCAGAUAGAUACGAUACAUUACAUGGUUAUAGUAGUUUUAGAAGUACACCGGUACCAGACCCUAAUUCAAGACUUCCACCUGCUAAUAUCAAUGCUACUAAACUAGCUACCAAUGUUUAA